AUGAAGCGGUCCCUGCGCAGCAAGUACCUCCCCGUCAUUGAGGAGGAGGGCCCCGACUACAGCAGUGAGAAGAACUCGUUGCUGUUCCCCUUCAGCCAGCAGCACUACCAGCCAGAGCCGGCAUCAGAGUCGUCGCUGCGUCCCUACCUCGUCUGGGUCUGCCAUGUCGCCCUCUUGCUCUUCUCGCUGUCCUGCCUGUCCGUGUCGCUCCUGAUCCACACCAAGCACGCCAACAGCCUCUCGGCGCCCUACUUUCCCUACUCCCCGGCACAAGGCGUCGCCUCAUACCAGACGGAACGAUACAACAUUACUCCCGUGCUCGAGCGGACCAAGUACGUCGGCUACGGGCCCGAGGUCGACGAUGCUUGGGAGCACGUGACGUACGACGUGGGCGACCAGAUGAUUACGCAGGAGGAGCUCGAGCGCCUGGGCCUGGACCCCAACUCGCUCAAGGUCAAGGACCCCAAGACGGGCAAGGAGGGCUACCGCGCGGGAAUCCAGGUCUUCCACAAGCUGCACUGCCUCAACCUGCUGCGCCAGUCGACCUACCCGGAGUGGUACUCGCACACGGGCGGCGACAUCGAGGUCGAGCCCAUGGACCUGCGCGGCCACCUGGACCACUGCCUUGAGAUGCUGCGGAUCGACCUCAUGUGCCAGAGCGACAUUGGCGUCUACACGUUCAAGUACUACGAGGGCCACGACGGCCACUGGCCCGACUUCAGCACCCUGCACACCUGCCGCAACUUUGACGCCAUCCGGGAUUGGGCGUACGAGAACGCCGUCGUGUUUGGCGACGAGGAGUAG